AUGAAUGACAAUAAUUUUACUCCAACUCCAGUAGUGGAGCCAAAAAAUAAUAAUCCGGCCGCACAACAAGAACCAGGGGCAAUAGUUGUUGAAGAGAUACCGGAAUAUGAUUAUCAAGAUUACAUUAAUCAACUCGGAAAUAAUAAUUAUCAAACUCCACAAGACGAUACUGACAUAACACAAGAAAACACAAACACAACACAAGAAGAUGUAAACACAGAACAACCAAAUAUCAACACAGCACAAGAAGCUCCUCAAAAUCCACAAGAUGAUACCGAAAAUCAAGAGGAAGAAGAUUUAUUCACAUGCCCUAUUUGUAUGGAAGAACUACACGAUCCAGUUGCAACUCCAUGCGGUCAUGUUUUUUGCAGAAGAUGUAUUGAAGAAUGGCUUAUUCGUUCAGAAUGCUGUCCAAACUGCAACGCACCAAACAUAACAAAAGAUUCGCUGAUUACUAUUCGAGGACAGGGCGAAGCCGAAAACAGACCCGAAUUUGAUAACUCUUACAAGAAUAAUAGAUGGUAUCACAAAACAUAUAGAUAUUUCAAGAAAAACUAUAUCUCUAUUCUAAUUAUUAUUCUAUUUUGUUUGGUGUGUUUGGUAGAUUAA